UUCUACAGUCUGACAACGAAUUUUUACUAGCCGAUUGUGAUGAUGCAAAAUGGAAUAAAUAUAUUAUGCAUGACGUUUUAUCCGAUUUACACGUUAAAUUAAUUGAAUAUAUUGUGGAGCUUGAAGAAGCUCGGUACAAAGAGACAAAAAAGAAAACAGAUUUUAUAUCACAUACCAUGAAUAAUCUUUGGCCCAUUCCUGCUAGGGAAAAUUCGAUCAUGGCAUACAAAAGCUAUGGAUUAAACGUUAUUAGAAAAUUAGGCCUUAAAAGCAAAAUCUUCUGGACCGGAGUUAAUCAAGGUCAAUUUAUUUCAUUAAAAGAUGCUAGAAUUUUUGAGAAAGAGAAAGCAAUAAUUGUAGAUAUGUUGGUUAAAUCAGGAAUUUCAGCUGUGAAACUUGAUAAAGAUAAAAUUGAACAACUUGAUGAAAUUAAAUCCAUGAACAAUCCAAGAUUUCCUUAUGAACCUAUAAACGGAAAAUUAAUUUGUAAUGAAUUACAAAUGAGGAAAUUUAAGUUGCCUUCUUUUAAUACCGACGAUUCAUUAUUCCAAUUACUUGAUUUUAUUCUUCAAGAUAAAAGUUCUUUUAAAAAUCUUGCCGGAUUACCAUUAGUUCCAUUGAAUGACGGAUCAGUCGGUAAAUUUGGUGAAGUUUAUUAUAUCGGGAAAGACAAACAUUUAAAAUUGUUCCCAAAAAGUGGAACAUCAAAAUUUAUCUCCAUCGAAUUACCGGAGAAUCUAAAGAAAAUUUUUAAUGAUGAUGAAUUUAUUUCAUGUACAAAUAUCAAAAAGUUUGAUGCCUCGGUUGUUGUAGAUCUCUUAAUGGAUGAAUUACAGCUCGUAAAAGAACUUGAGUGGGAUCCCGAUGGAGAAUCUAUCCCGAAUAAGAUUUGGCUUGAUAAAAUCUGGUCAAUAUUGAACAAAUCAGCGGAAAAAUUAGAUUUCAAUGAACUUUCUAGAUAUCCUCUUUUACCGAUGGUUAACCCUUCCAAUAUGCUUAUUCGCCUUGACAUGGAUGAUCCACUUUUACACAUUCCUGAGAAUGGACAUGUUUUAUAUCCAACAUUAGUAAAACUAGAAGUGCGUUUUACUAACAUGUCAUUUCAUGAAAAUGCUCACGAAAACCUUCAAAAAUGUGUCGAAAAAUACACUCCUAUAAACAUAAUUAAUGCUUUGAAGAGAGCAUGUGCUUCUUCAUUUUCGGAUAUGGAACAAUUGUUUUAUAAGAAUGAUCUGGAAGAUGUGGACUAUGAAAAGCUUAGAGCAUUUAUUAAAGCGGAAAUUGAUACCUUGAUCGAGCAUGGACAAAAAGAUCGAAGUUUUAUGGAUACUUUAAAAUCUUUACCCAUAUGGCCAAUGCAUUCUUCCGAAAAUAGGUUCAAUGAUGCCAUAUCUGGAAAUCUUCUUACUUACAAGCUUCCAUUUUUUUCCUUUAAUCAAGAUACAAAUUUCUAUAGAUGUAAUAACGAGUCGGAUUUCAAUGUACUUACUAAAUUGGGUGCCAAUCCUGUAGAUGAAUUAGAAUACAUUAGACAUUAUAUAGUACCAGUACUCACUACACAAUUUCCAGAACCUUCCGAAGAAUAUAUUAAUUUCUUGCAGAGUGUUUUAUCUUUAAGAAAUCGUGAAAUUGAACAAUGUCUUAGAUUGUAUCAAGCAGUACCAAACCAACCAGGCACUGAACAGUCAGUUUCUUCUUUAAAUUACAAAACAAUCCUGCUUGUUUAGAAGCUCUAGGAAGAAUGGGUCUUAAACGUGAAGUAGAUUAU